AUGGCUUUCUCUGUAUUUUUUACUGUGGACGAAGUAUUAGACGAGGUUGCUAUUGAAGAAGACGCCGAAACAAAACAAAGCAAAGAUCUGUUCAUACCCUGGACGAAGUUAUUAAAAUGUCUGUGGGAUUCUAUACCGGAUUCUAUACCUGAUUAUUACAGCUUCCUUGAGGAAGCAAAGAAGGAGUUAUGUACUUACCAUAGGUAUGAAACUGGAGUUGGCAGAAUGGAAAAAGUGUUGAGUCUAGUACUCCUGCGUGGCUUAUGA